UCAAAUUGUUUGUAUUUCGUGCGAAUUUCCCCAAACGUAAAAGCGGCGGAUGAUAACUUGAGAGAAAAAAUGUCGAGUUAUCGGAUUGGUAUGAAUUUGAGGGUUACAGAGGACAGUAACCAAGGUGGACGCCGUUAUAUGGAAGAUAGACAUGCAAUUAGAUUUGUGAAAAAUGACGAAGGAGGUUUUGAAUUUGCUUACUUCGGCAUAUUUGACGGCCAUGGUGGUGGGGAAGCUUCAAAGUACGCUCGCGAUUAUUUAUUGGAUGAAAUUACCAAAUAUGAUUGUUUUUGGAGUGACAAUGACGAUGAUAUUCUAUUCGCAAUCAAGUCGGCGUUCAUGGAUACCCAUUUAGGAAUGUGGAAGGAAGUUGACAAGUGGCCUAGAACUGCAAGUGGCUUGCCAAGUACAGCAGGAACAACUGCCAGUAUAUGUAUAAUCAAGAACUCAAAGUUAUAUAUUGGUCACGUUGGGGAUUCAGCGAUUGUCCUCGGAUGCAAUGAGAGCAAGUCGGACAAAAUAGUUAGACCAAAGGCAAAAUUGUUAACAAAGGAACAUAAGCCAGAUGAUCCUGAUGAGCUGAAGCGAAUAGAGUUGAGUGGCGGACAAGUUGUAGCCAAAUCUGGUGUACAGAGAGUGGUCUGGAAUCGGCCUAGGACAGAUCACAGAGGACCUAUACGAAGAAGUACACAGAUUGACAGAAUUCCCUUCCUGGCUGUUGCCCGUUCUUUAGGUGAUCUUUGGAGUUACAACUAUUUGAAGGAAGAGUUUGUUGUUUCACCCGAGCCUGAUGUAUCUGUUCACAAGCUGGAUCCAGCCACAGACAAGUGCCUGGUCAUCGGCUCCGAUGGUUUAUGGAACAUGUUGUCAGCAGAUGAAUCUGUCAGCUCGGUGUUUGAUCUUGAAUGUCAGUUUGAAUAUAAAGUGAUCAACGAUCCUACGGUACCUUUGUCCUACUGGAUCAACCCUGCUGAGCGACUGGUACAGGCUGCUCUUAACAAAUGGAGGAUGAGGUUGAUGAAAGCCGACAAUACUAGUGCAAUAGUGGUCCUCAUAGACCCGCUCGGUCCACGUAAACUUUCUAUCCUGAAAAAGAAACGUGAAGAUAGAAUGAAAGAGAUUGCACAACAAAAAUCACAUGAUAAUCAAGUGGUGAUGGAAAUGCUGGCGGCAAAAGAGAGUUUAACUAAAUCACCGAAGAAAGUAAUUGGGAAGAAUGUAGCACAUGCACAAGGGGUACAUAAGCCAAAAACAGAUCAAGAUGAGGAUCAUAAGACGCAUGUUGUCAAGAAAGACAAGUCACAUGCACUUGCGAAAGAUAACAAAACACAUGCACUGACUAAAGAGGAGUCACAUGCCAAAAUAUCAAAACCAAGUGAUAAAUUAAUAAUGUCACCUAUGCACAAAGGGUCAGAUAGUUUGGACGACAGCGUGCAGAUAAGAAAUUCGCACUUAGUGUCACCAGUGUCAAAUAGUGUGAAGAAACAUGAAGGAAAGUCACCAGCAUCUCCUCGGCCCAAGACGUCCCCACUUCAGACUAGUUCUAGUGAAAAUUUAUGUAGAACUGGUAUGGCCACACGUAGUUCUCCACAAAAAUCGCCAGAAGGUGUGAAAAAUUCUGUUAGUGCAUUGACUGAUAGUGUUUCUAUAGACACAAAUAUGCAUCAAACAAGAUCUCAUGCACAUGGAACAAUUAUCCCAGCAAAUAAUAUACAGCAGAAAUGCUUACAGCCUUGUAAAAAUACCUCAGAAAAUGUCAAAAAUGUUUCAGCAAGCAAAGUGCAUUCAGACAUUAAGGUGAAAGAUUUGGUGAACUUCUACUCAACUGAUGUCAAAUUAAGUCUUAAAAACUUGAAUCUGAAAAAUUCUCAGAAAUCAAAGAUUGGCAAAAAUGUGAACAAUUCCAGCGCAGCAAAUGAUAGUUUGAGAGCGACGAAAAAGACACACAGCAGUAAGAGUCUUUCAACUAGAAUCAGUCUGAGAUUGCGAAGGUUACGACAGAAGACGCAGAAAGGAAAAAUGAAGAGCCAGAGUGAAAAUAAGGGCUAUAUUGUGAAGCCAGGAAUAAAAAGGAAAAUGGACUCGAACCAGUCAUGUGGCACACCUGCACCAAAGAAAAUCCGGCAUUCCUGAUUCCAUAGUGUUUCGUUGAAUCAGUUGAAAUUCCUCACCUUAACCAAAACCGAAUGAAAUUCAGGUGAUACUGUCAUUUAAAUGAAGCUCGUCGUUUUAUAUAUGCAAUUUUUUACUUUUUUAAACAACAGAAAUACCUGUUUAUUUUAAGAAGAUUCUAUCUCUGUUUAUUCUUUUUGCAUUUAUGUACUGAAGAAAUUACUUUAAAUUCUUCAGUUGGACAUACUUGAAUUAGAACAUUGAGGCAAUUUUUACACAGGUAUUUAGGAGAAAUCUGAAUGAAAAGUUAUCUGUUGUCCAAAGAUAUCUACAAGUCUGUUAAUUUCUUUUAAUAUGGAUAAUUUUAAAGUAUACAUCCCAUGAAAUGUGAGUAAAAUUUUAGACUUUUGGAAGUAAGGAAAUGAGAUACAAAUAGUGUUUUAGCAUGCAAAUGUAUCGUUAUUCACAUUUAAAGUGUGUUUUUUUAAUGGACUCAUUUUAAUUGUUACAUCUUUUAAUGUGAUCAUUUUAUUAAUUUGAGAUAGUUACUUCAGUAAUACAAGUUACUUACUGGUAUCUGAAUGAAGGAGAGACAUUUACUUAAUAUAUUUGACAUACUUUAGUAUUUAUAUACUUGGACUUGUAUAACUUAAAAAUAAUUAUAAUUUAUAUUUUAUAUUGAUCAGACACUUGAGUACUGUUGAUUGUGUGAUACACUGAAGACAAUGUUGCUUUUAAACUAAA